CCAAGUUCACCUUCCUGUACCUGGAAAUCUUCCAGAGAAUCCCGUUCCACGGUUCCCUUCGUCUUUGGUGUUCCAUGGCGGCGGCGGCGCAGCUGCACGGAUCGGCUGCGGCCACGGCGGCAUGUCGCCGGACUCGAGCCUACUCAGUUCGAUCCUCGUGCCGGUGGCCGCAGAGCCUUCUAGCUGGUUCCCCGAAGCUUUCAAUUUCUACAAGUGGAGUUUGUACGAAGCCAUUUGGCUUUGCUGCUAAAUUUUCAACCAAAUGUGCCAAUGAGAAUGCUCGAGUUGAAGAGUUAGAUUUACAAUCAGACAAAAUGAAGGAAUUACAUGUGGAGGAGCAUGUUAUUCCUCAGAAGAGGAGUGCUAAAAUCCAUGACUUUUGCCUUGGGAUUCCUUUUGGUGGUCUUUUAUUCUCUAUGGGGCUUCUAGGAUACAUCUUCUCCAGAAGCACCAUAAGUCUUGUCUUGGGUAUUGCACCAGGGCUUGCCACUCUGCUACUUGGUAUUCUCAGUCUAAAGUUUUGGAGGAGCGGCAGAUCCAGCUUCCUGCUUAUCUUGGCCCAAGCAGCAAUUUCUGCUUUCCUGGCAUGGAAGUACUCUCAUGCUUACUUCUUGACAAAUAGACUCCUUCCUUGGGGCUUCUACGCUUCACUGAGCACUGCAAUGGGUUGUUUCUAUGCCUAUGUGCUACUUGCCGGAGGAAAUCCCCCACCUAAGAAGUUGGCAGCCAUUCCACCACAGUAGAGAGAGGGAUUCAGUUUAGGAUCAGCGUGGGUUGACCUUUGGCUCCUCAUGCUGUGUCAGCUAGUAUAGUAAAAUUUUGAUUGUUUUCUGAUGUAUAUUCUCCAAUCAUUGUUCACUGCUGGCUGGGCCUUUGGUUUUUCUAUUCAGCAAAUAAAGAUUCAGAGGACAAUAGCCCUGCCUGCAAUGAACAUGCUGUUUUGAUAAAGAUAAGCUUGCUCAUCAUCUACCUGAUACAUUUGAAUUCCAACUGAGAAAUCUGAGGUAUUUUGUAGUCCCGAUGAGCUUGUAACUUAAGUUCUCAAACGAAUGGACAUCAAGGGCCUUUUUGGUUGGUGUCGUAGUA